UUAUUUACAUCAUUAUCCACCAACCCCAUCUUCUUCUUAUUCUUCAUCUUCUACUGAGAUUUCUCUUACAAAAAAAAAAAACUCAUCCUUGAAUGAACGGUGGUGCAUGGAUGUGGAACCCUAACAAAAUUGAAGAAUUGGAGGAUGAUGAUGAUUCUUGGGAAGUCAAAGCCUUUGAGCAAGACACUAAAGGCAACAUCUCUGGUACCACUUGGCCUCCAAGAUCUUACACUUGCAAUUUCUGCCGCCGUGAGUUCCGUUCUGCUCAGGCCUUAGGCGGCCACAUGAAUGUCCACCGCCGUGACCGUGCCUCAUCUAGGGCUCAUCAAGGUUCCACCGUUGCGGCUGCAGCUAGAAGCGGCCACGGCGGGACGUUACUCAAUUCUUGUGCUCCACCGUUGCCUACAACAACACUUAUAAUCCAAUCCACAACGAGUAACAUUGAAGGUUUGUCCCAUUUCUACCAAUUGCAAAACCCUAGUGGCAUUUUUGGUAAUUCCGGUGAUAUGGUGAAUCUUUAUGGCACGACUUCGUUUCCUUCAACCAACCUUCCGUUUUCGAUGUUGAAUUCUCCGGUAGAAGAUCCUCCUCGGCUUAUAGAAUAUUCGACAGGAGAUGAUGAGAGCAUUGGCUCGAUGAAAGAGACGACAGGAACAUCAGUGGAUGAGCUUGAUCUUGAACUUCGACUAGGGCACAAUCCACCAUGACAUUUCCUUUUCAUGACCCACUCGAAGCUUUCACAUUAAUAUCCAUUUCAUACACAGGUUCUUUAAAUCUUAAUUUACAUGUUGUUGUUAAAUUCUGAAUUCAAUUUGGCUUGAAUUAUGUAUCACAAUUAAAUUCAUUCGAUUUCA